AUAACGGAAGGGUCGUAUUAACACCUUUGCUUUGCUACCAAAACAAAGAUUACAAAGUGAUCAAAGAAAAGUAAAACAAAAUGUCGGUGGAUUGGUUUGGUUAUGUGUACGCUGCCACUGUUGCCGCUGGCGGAGUUAUGGGAUACGCAAAGGCGGGUUCCAUUCCCUCGUUGGGAGCGGGCUUGGCCUUUGGAGCCCUGCUCGGCUAUGGGGCCCAUCUAAACUCCCAGAACACGCCACGCCCCCUGCUCCAACUGGGCACCUCCCUGUUCCUGGCCGGAUUAAUGGGCGCCCGGUGGAAUCGUUCCGGAAAACUUAUGCCUGCCGGCAUGGUCUGCAUGCUCUCCGUUGCGGCUCUGGUGAAGAAUUUGGUCACCUACAAUCGCUAUCUAAUGCCCACCGGCACAAAGGGCGCAUAAAGUGGCAAACGAAGGACCACAAAAUGCUGGACUUGCCAGGAGAUUUUUUACCUUAACUCUUCAUUUACAUACUCUUGCUAAUUGCUGUUUUAAAUUAGUUACCCACAUACGGUGAUUGGACCUUUGGUAUAGCGCUGUGUCACUCUCUAAGCUAGCGAUAAGAAACUGUACUUGCUGGAAAUAAAUUUUAUCAUCUAUGCUUUUAUUAUCUUGCUGGAAUUAAA